AAACAAAGAAAGAGAGAAAGUCGAAACACUAAUGAGUGACUCUGAGUGAUAAAGACCUGGAGGAAGGAGAGGAGAGUCAGGCCAUGGAGGCCGAGGUUUACGAGGAUGAUGGGACAUUCACUAACAUCUCUCUGGCAGAUGACACAGUGGACGGUGAAUCUGCAGUCCUGUAUACUAAACAGGAGAACGAGCUUUCUAUCAUGAACUGCGACAUAGAUGGAGACAUGGAGAACCAGGUGGAGAUGGAGGAGAAGACGAGGUUAAUAAAUCAAGUUUUGGAGCUUCAGCACACUCUGGAAGACCUGUCAGCGCGAGUCGAUGCAGUCAAGGAGGAGAACCUGAAGUUAAAGUCAGAAAACCAGGUCCUUGGUCAGUACAUCGAGAACCUCAUGUCGGCCUCCAGUGUCUUCCAGACCACUGACACUAAGAGCAAACGGAAGUGAGCUCUCCUUGGGGAAAAAGAAACAAAACGGAGGUCCCAGGUCAGCGGCUGGGAGAGGAAACCCACUGUGAAGAUAUGGAGAGGGGUUUGUUUUCUCCGCAGACCUGGGUGUUUUCUGUAUUUAGCAUUUGAGCUCUCUCACCUGGAUCAAAACUAACAUUUUAACAAUUAAAAACAUAAACUGACUUUGUCACCCAUCCAGUUGGCUCAGAAAUAGAUAAAUUUCAUGUUAGUCUGGCCCAGGUCUGUUUAGCGGCAGCUUCCUCUCCACAUUACAGAUGAGGUAGACUUCACCCUUUAACCACUAACACACAAACACAACCAGGGUGUGUAUAUGAAGUGGAUAAGGGUCAUUUGUACCUUGAGUUUCUUCUUAAUUGUCUCUGUCCAACUAGUAUCUGUAAAAUAAUUCUUAGCUAUGUUUUGCCUGCUUGGUUUUCUGUUUGAGGACGAUUCUGACUUUUCUGUGGCUUUCCAAACUCUCUGACACAGUGUUCCUGUCUUAACUGAUCUGUGAGUGGGCUGAAACAAACCAUAGAUAUUACAAAUACUGUUUGACCAUGAUCCUCAUUUUCAACAAUGAUUUCAACCUUUAUUUAUUUAUUUAUUUUUGUAAAAGUAUUUUCUACGUCAGCUGGAUCUGAGUUUUUGGUAGCUCUUGGACGUCUGUAUAAAGCAUGACUAUUCCUCCACUUAAAAGCUGGAAAACUGGACAGUAUUACUGAAAAUGAGAAAUAAAUUUAAAUUGCAUGUUUGAAUCAUACACCUUUUAAGAUUAGUUUAUUUUUGUUGAACAGUUUAGCAUAUUAUGAAACGGCAUUAAUUGCUGAAAUGCAGACUGGAUGGAGCUACUGAGAACUUGUUAACAAUAGUAGGUGGAUACUAGAUACAGGCACCAUGGAGAGCUCUGCAGCAACUAAAGUAAAAGCACAGAGGAACUAAAUGUUAACUAGCACUCCAUAAUAACGUAGGUCUUAACUAACAUCAGUGAUGCUUUUAUUGCAAGUAGUUGAAUUUUAAAUCAAAGAGACAAGAUUUUCUUUUUGUACUUAAAUUUGCAACCCUUUAAAUUUAUCAAGUCCUAAAUGACUGUAAAGCAGGACGGACAGAGGAAAUGGUGAGGUCAUGAGGGCAGAGACAAACCCUGUAUGUUACAUUUUGUGUCCUUAGCCUGUAACAGCGAUGGGGGAGGAGAGUGCAGAACGACACGAGUAAGAGGUGAGACUGGGAGAUGAGAAGGUUAAAAAAAAAAGAUUCUUUUCUCUUUAACUGCAAGAACAAAAGCAGUAAAGAGGCCUUGAGUGCUAUUGAUCCAAUCAGUCAGGACUGGAAUGCAUUGCCUGCUAGAGGAUGGGUCUGACCGUAAAACGAGCUGAUGUCUUUACAGCGGAGUGGAGGGUGUGUCCUCUUAAGCCUCUGCUGCGUCAGAUAAAAAAGGGAUAAGUAGAUGGAGGAGAUGAAAAGUCAUGUAAUCUUAACAUAUUUUUAUUCCCUUUAAAUUGAAGAAAACAGUAAUUCGUGUGAAAACAUCAGGAAGUGGCUCUGGUCCUGUUUGAAAAGGGAGGGAUUGGCAGUUACAGGAGGCUUUCAAACUCUGUAUAUGCUGUAAUCUAUUGAAGUUAUUUUGAUAUUUUUAACAGUUGUACAGUAGUAUUUCAUUAAUUUCUGACAUGCUACCUACACACGCCCCAGUACCAUCUUGUCUUGUGUGUAGACACCCUGCACCUUUGCCUUUAGAUGUUUUUGUUUUAAUAAAAACCUAAGAUCA